GAACGGCCCUUACAGGCAUCUUGAGUCUUCCACGCGUCGGUCUCAACUUCGUCCUCACUCGUUGGCUUGCAUUCUUUUUUAACAUUCGCUUUCUCUCUUCCCCAAACAUGUCAUCCGGUCACCCAGUGUGGUGCCCUGAACUGCCCUGGCAUGCGAUUGGAAUGUUCUCUGACUCAAGAAUCCAUGAUUAUCGCUUUCAUUCCCCCGGCAAGGGCCGUCCACGUAGCUUGUCAAAAUCUUCCCAGGCACAUUCUCCAUCGACGAUCAAAGACGAUCCUGCCACGAUGCCGCUGCACCCUCUUUUUCGCCUUUUGUCAGUCAGUGUCUAGUAACCGCGAAUGUUUUCAGAACUCCAGAAAUGCAGUUUUGUUCUUCUAGCUGCCAUCUUCCUCAUCUUCUUGUCACCGUUCCCAAUAUAUUCAUCCGACCCCUCUCGCAUUGCAAGGACGUUUCUUCCGAACUUCGCUCCAAUCUCCACCUGCAAGAUAAACGAGAACCAGCCCCUCACCACCGUCAUUGUCCACUCGAAGCCUGUCGCCACCACCAUUUGACAGUUCUCGUUAGCUACAUCUACAACAGUAUCCCUGUCAACUACCCCAUGUGAGUGGGAUACACUUCCGCUGCAUCGGCAAAACUCCUCCAUCUCUUUCUCUCUCGCCAUGUCGCACACCUAGCCAAUUCCUCCCUCCUCCUUCUCUCUCGGUGGUCGUCGUCGCGCAAUGACAACAGCGUUGAAUCAUCGGAGGCCAAGUGGUGACUCCAGUGCUGUCCCCAAGCUGUCUUACCGAAAUGCAAGCCCAUCAAAAGACCUUGAGCCUCUGCGAGAGCUUCCAAGCGCGAACAAUACUACCUCGCCCGUUGUCUCGAUAUCGAAGGCAGAAAAGGCGGAGCCGACUCAGGAUGGCGACGACCCAGAAGCUGGCCAGCAGGACAAACCUCCCCUGAGUAUCCGACAACUGCGAGAGCAGGCUCGGAGCAAGGUCCUGGAACAGACUGUGAGACAGUCGCAGCAAGAACAGCGAGCUCAGGAUGCAAAAUCAACCCAUCCAGCGCAGCUGCCACAGCAGAAGAAAAAAUCCCCGUUGUUCGGUGGACUGUUCCAGGUCAAAGAACCUACACAGGUGGCCCUGAACCAAGUCGCUGCACAAUUGAUCUCGCAGCAUGGCUCAACGAGCGCGACGAGAGUGCCGAAUGUGAGGAUGGAGAAGAUGCCCGAUUUCGUGCCCAAGGUCAAUUCGAAAUGGGAUGGGAUCCCUGAAGGCGUUAAGAAGAGAGAAAAGGAUCGAAAACAAAGAGAAAGAGGCCAAGGUAGCUCGACCAGGCGUGAUUCCGGGAUCUACUCCGACUACGAGUUUCCGAGUCAAGAGGACAGGGAUCGAGGACGAGGCCAUCUGAACAGCCGCAAUUCCAGCUCGACAACUGGUUCCUUUGGUAGUCGCGGAAGGUCGAGUGGUUCCCACACGAACUCGACGCGAGCUCGCUUCUACGCUCCAUCGGUCAAUUCAUCCGGCGAUUUGGCUUCCCAGCAACGGACAAAUCAUGCUUGUGUUCGAGCCUCUUCUUUUCAGUCAAAUUCGGCCAGCAAUCCCUCUGACGCUGGUCUGGCAGAAUCUCCUCUCGAGAUAUCAGCUCCUUCCCCUGGCAUCCCAUCAUUAUCCGGCCCGAGUGGUCCUGUGAGAUCUUCAGAGUACCAAGUCGGCGAUGCACGAAUGCCUUCGUUGAAAGGUCUGAAUCCUAUCCAUGAAUCUCCUUCGCCAAACAUACGAACACUACCUAAAAUUGACGCCGCACCAUCCCCUGAGACGUUUUCUUCCCAAUCGCCACAAGAGACUUCACCAGCAAGCCGGUCUCCACGCCCAAUGCAUUCGCGGUAUGACACUGUAAUAGGGGACGAAGUGACAUUGACCUCCUCCGGUCCAGGGGUGUUGGGACCACCUGCGGCAUCGAAGAGCUCUCGUUUCACUGUCGCUCAGGGGUUUCCAGCUGGGGAAGCACGAGAAAUGGUCCUAUUGGACGACGAAGAAGAGCCUCCUCCGGUGACUGACUUGCCCCUUCGACCGUCGGAUGCAAGCGAACAAACACCUGUGAAGUCCUCGUUCGCAACUCCUCGAAAACACCAGCAUCAACGAUCUGACAGUUCGCGGUUCCGUUUGGCACUGCGCCCAGGUACGCCCUCCAAAAACAAUGCGACAUCGCGGGAUACGCAAGUCAAGGACAAGUCACCUCUUCGGACAUCCACCGAUGGCUCUGAGGGCAGUCCACGGGGCCUCCGCAGCCCACGAUCAAAAGUCUCCAAAUCGUUCAAUAUAUUCAGCAAAGAAAAGGACUCGGACGCGGUAUAGGUUAGCCCAUUGCUGCAUCAGCUUCUACUCGACAGCAACCUUUUUCUCGCGUCCAUCUCUCACAAAUCUCAACAGUAGCGAAAAGCAAUUGCGGCAUAUCUAGGCAAUUGUGGGUUUAGCAAGGCGCUGGGAGCUCUUCCUCUUCUAAUGUACUUACGCUCACGAGUGACGACCAUUGUUGAAAACAAGGAGAUACCCAAGGGUUGAAGUUAGCAAUCGUACAUAGGAAAUUUGAGCAUGGUAUCUUCGUUUCUGCGCACGAG